AUGUUUAACUUCAUGAAGAAAUCAACGGUCCUAGCUCAUGAUUCCGGCGGCUGCGAGGAGCGGGACGGUGAUAAGGAAAAAAGAAAAAAAGAGAAAAAAGAGAGAAAGGAGAGGGAGAAGCGUGAAAGGAUUGCGGCUGGUCUUGAAGAGCCGCUACGUUUAGAAGAGGUCCGACGAUCCCUCAAACUUAGAGGCAGACGCAAGGAAAAAGAAAAACUGCCUUCUGGUAUCACAGCUGAUUACACUGCCUCGUUAUUUGCACAUCUUGAGCAGGAUUCAAAUUAUUCGAGUUAUCCAAUCAUUUCAACUUCAGGCUCCAAUUCCAAUCUCAGUGACGAUAAUAACCAUCUCUCUCCCGGAUACCCGACCCCGCAUAAUAAUUGGAACAAAAAGGAAGGGAUUCUACAAUCUGACAGUUCCGAGACAUCUUUAAAUUCGUUAAAUAACCCGCAUAAUGCAAAUAGCAGUCCACGACAAGCACAAAAUCUACCCCCAAUACCACCGCGACCACCGAAACGAGGCAUCUUAAAAGGUCCACGUUUGAGCAAUACUAGUUCUAAUUCACAAGAGAACAGCGUUCACAACACUGACACAGUUGACCAUAUAAAUGGCCAAGAUUCGAACGUUGUUGCUCGGAAUACGCAACAAAACGAAUUGAUUUCAUACAGAAUCCCACCGUCUAAGAGCACCUCGUCUAGUGACGAUAUGCAGCAAAUACAAAACUUCACCAAAAAAGUAAUUCAUAGUCCGGUAGAAAAUCAAUAUAAGAACUAUAAAAAUAACGCGAAUCCCUCAAUCACUACUCAAGACGUUGACGAUAUACCAAAGACAAAUGGCAAUAGCUAUCAAGGCGUGACUUCGACGUCACCAAGCGCUGAUUCCUUGACCGACACAACUACAAACUCGUCUUUUGCCACUCCACCAUUCUCCACUUCACCAGUGGGUGAAUCCCAAGGCUUUCAUAGGUGGUCAAGAACAAGUACGUUCGACGAUGUAUACUUACCUUUACCCGCACUAAAGCCGUUGCAAUUACCAAAACCCAGAGUACUGACUAUACAAAGGCAGAAAGCACCCCGAAACGAUUUCGGAUUCAGCCUCCGACGCGCUAUGGUACAAGAACGAGUUUUUAUAGGUGACGUUAAAGAAUUGAGUGGUCAUGAAGAAAACGGUCUAAAUAACGGUGAGGGCAAAUGCAACGGUAAUUUUAUGAUUUCCAAGUUGACACAUAAGGCUGUGAUUCUUGCUGAGCCCGGUUCUUAUCCAGGAGCAAGUGAGACGGGACUACUUCCUGGUGAUAGACUUAUCGAAGUAAAUGGAGUAAACGUAGAGGGAAAGAGUAGAGAAGAAGUGAUUGAACUAAUCAAGGGGAGUCAAGAUUCUGUUACCAUUAAGGUACAACCAAUAGCAGAGCUUUGCGAGUUGUCAAGGAGACGUGCGGCUGAUGGUGUCGAGGUGGAGCUCUCAGACAGCAAUGUGAGAGGAGGCACCCUCAGUCGGUCCGGAAGUCGUCGCUUCAAUACAACACAGGCAAAAUCCGAGGAGCAGUUGGCUUGCGAAAAGGAAUGGCUGCAGGCGGGUCACAUGUGGCUGGCGCACCGCGGCGGAUUCACCGCCGUGGUGAGGGAGGGCGAUGCGGACGCCGGCCGCGCGAAAGUUCGAGUUCUGCAGACUGGGGAGACGCUGGUGGCAGACGAGGAUGAUCUAGAAAAGGCCAACCCGCCUCAGCUUGAGCGCUGCGAAGACAUAGCAUCGUUGCGAUGUCUCAACGAAUGUGGAGCUCUAAACGUCCUUCGCUCGCGAUUCGCCGCUGGUCUACCGCAUGCGCGCGCUGGUCAUGCACUCCUAGUACUCGGGCCACCGAGACGGACGGCGCCAAUCUACACCGAAAAGGUGGCAGCCAUGUUCCGCGGCUGUCGAGCAGACGAUAUGCCUCCUCAUGUAUUCGCCGCUGCCCAAUCCGCUCAUAGAUGUAUGCUGGCAUCGAGGCGAGAUCGUGCCAUUGUUUUUCUUGGCAGAUCCGGAUCCGGCAAAACGUCGGCUAUGCGCCAUUGUGUUUGGUAUCUGGCGAGCGCUUACCCAUCACAAGGAUCCAAACUCACGGCAGAUCGUUUAAAUGCAGCAUUUGACGUACUCCAUGCCUUCGGUUCCAGUCGCACGAGUUCCAACCCACACGCCUCUCGGUUCGUAUCUCUGACGUCGCUGGAUUUCGACGGUGGCGGUGCGCUAGUAUCCGCCUCUGUACAAACGCUUUUACCUGACUUCAGGCCUGGACAGUCGCCUUUGAGAGCGCUACACACGUUAUUCCACGGCAGCGACGGGCGCCUCCGUCGAGAACUGCUCCUCGAUCAAGCACCAGUUAAUGCGCCCAACCCGUUCAUCAGCAGCAGCGAUAAAGCCGAAGCACCCGCAGAGUUCUCGGCAUUAAAAGAAGCGCUUCAAGCGCUCAGCGUAACCGAACCCGAACAGGCUGUGAUAUGGAGGAUACUAGCCGCGAUAUGCCACUUGGGGUGGUCGGGUGUUACCAAAGCGAACGUGGGUUCAGGUUUGAAGUACCAGUUCGGCAGCAGCGGGUGCGCGAGCCGCGCGGCGCGGCUGCUGGGCGUGGCGCUGGACGAGCUGGCGCGCGCCGUGUUCGCGGCGCCCGCCGCCUCGCCCGCCCCCGCCCCUGCCCCCGCCUCCGCAUCGCCGCAGCCGCCCGCGCUCAGAACGCCAUCUCCCUCGAGCGAAAGGGAGGUACCGGGCUCAGAGGCACUGGAUGCAUUUGUAACUGGACUAUAUAAUGAGACAUUUAACAUCGUCGCAGCACUUGUAAACAGGAGUCUGUCAACGUCAGCGAGGACGUCUGCCUCCAUUCUGUUGCUGGAUACACCGGGCGCGGACAACCCGAUGUGCUCUGGGCAGCAGAGCGGUGCCCCGUUAUCCAAACUAUUAUCUAAUUAUUUGCAGGAACGAUUACAAGCGAUGUUCCACGACGCUCUGCUCGUUGCUCCAAGGGAGAGAUAUGCGCAGGAGGGAAUUACACUCGAUGACGGAUCCGAGGAAGUUAACCCUGGCCCGAUGGUAGAACUAUUGGACAAGUCUCCGCAAAAUUCUAUUGUGCGAAGUUCCCAAGCCGACCUACGAGAUUGCGACCGACGUGGACUGCUCUGGCUUCUUGACGAAGAAUCAAUGUAUCCGGGCUCUUCGGAUGAUUCCUUUCUCGAGAGAGUGCUGUCUCACUACGGCGCCCCUCAACAUACGCAAUACCUCAUUAAAAAGGCGCCCCACGCAAGGCAAUUUGUUCUACAGCAUUUACAGGGAACUAAUCCGGUGUUGUACGAUGUAACUGGAUGGGUCAAAGCCAGCCGAGAAAACCCCGUCACGAAGAAGGCACAUACAAUUCUUCAGGAAAGUCAGAACGAGGACGUGGGGCGGCUGGCGGGCUGGGCGCGCGGCGCGUGCGGCGUGGGCGCGUGGUCGGCGGCCGUGGGCGACGCCUCCACACUGCGCCGCGCCUCUUCCAUACGACGAACUUUAACUUCGGCGGGUAUGAAACGCCGCUCCACAGCCUUGCAGGCAAAGUUCGUCGCUGAUGGUGUAGUCGAUACACUGAGACGGUGCGGUUCCGGAGGGGUGCAGUUCGUGUGCUGCCUCCUCACCAACCAGCCUUCCGAUAUGGCCGACGAUGUUAACGUGCCGUUGCUUCGGUCCCAGUUUCGUGGAUUUCAACUGCUCGACGCGGCCAGACUGUACAAGCAAGGGUUCCCUGAACACAUGCCGCUUUCAGAAUUUGCAAGAAGGUAUCGACUCUUGGCAACAUCAGAGAAUGAAACCCCCGAAAACACUCAACAGACCGCAACGCUAUCCGACCGGCAGAUCGUAGAUGAUAUGCUGCUGGCUUUAGACCUUGACGUCACCAGUUAUCGUCUUGGCCUCACUCAGAUUAUGUUCCGCGGCGGCGUGGUGGGCGGGCUGGACGCACGCCGCGACGCCGCUCUCGCACGUGUGUUGGUGCGGCUGCAGGCCAGAGCUCGGGGGCUGCUCGCUCGCCGCCGUGCUCAGCGUCUGCGCACUCAGCAUACUGCGGCCCGAUGUGUGCAACGAAAUGUACGAGCCUUCCUGGCAGUGCGCGAUUGGCCCUGGUGGCGGCUUCUCGUCCGCGUCACACCGCUGCUGGCCGUCCACCGAACCGAACAUAGGCUCAAGCAAGCACAGGAAGAGUUGGAAACAUUACGCGCGAAGUUGGAAAAGGUUGAGAGCGAGCGUACUCACUACAAGAACGAAACAGAGAAACUUGAAACUAAGCUAUCAGAAUUGGGCGGUGAGCUAGCAGAGGAACGCGCGGCGGCUGCUUUAGCGACUGAGAGAGCUGACGCUGAAGCGGCUGAGAGGCUGAGAGUUGAGAGGGACAAUAGAGAUUUGGUUGCUAAUAACCAGCGACUGCAGCAGGCAUCCGAACGUCUAGAAUUAGAGCUUCUUCACUGGCGCUCAGCGGAGAACGGAGUAGAACCUUCCGACUCCGAGGGCUCAGAGGCGGAAAGUGGAAUUGGCAGCGACAAGUACAAGCGCCGGUACGAACAGGCGCAUAGAGAGCUGCAGCUGCUGCGUGCACAACUUCGACGGCAGCACGAGGAUGACUUGGAGCAGCUGGUUACAGUUAAGAAGCAACUCGAAAAGAAGGUACAAGAUGCGUACGAAGAAGUCGAGGAGCAGCGCGCUGUUGCCGCUAGCUGGAAACGCAAACUGCAGAAACUUACCAACGAUAUGGCCGACCUAAGAUCACUGCUCGACGAACAGACGUGCCGCAACAAUCUGCUGGAGAAGCGACAGCGGAAGUUCGACGCUGAGCUUCAAGCGGCGAAUGAGGAGUUGAAGCGCGAACGAGCGAGCCGCGAACGACACGCGCGCGAACGUGACCAAGCGCUCGCAGACAAGUACGCGCUCGAGCAGAGCCUCUCUGAAGCUCGGCUGGAGCUGGAGCUGAAGGAGGAGCGGCUGAGCGCGGCGAGCCGCGAGCUGGAGGAGCGCGGCGGGGGAGGGGACGAGCUGGCCGCGCUGCGCCGCGCGCGCGCAGACCUCGAGCGCCGCGCGCGCGACCAGGAGGAGGAGCUCGACGACCUCGCCGGACAGAUACAGGUGCUCAUUACAGCUCAUCACAAGGAGGAGCGGCUGAGCGCGGCGAGCCGCGAGCUGGAGGAGCGCGGCGGGGGAGGGGACGAGCUGGCCGCGCUGCGCCGCGCGCGCGCAGACCUCGAGCGCCGCGCGCGCGACCAGGAGGAGGAGCUCGACGACCUCGCCGGACAGAUACAGGUGCUCAUUACAGCUCAUCACAAGGAGGAGCGGCUGAGCGCGGCGAGCCGCGAGCUGGAGGAGCGCGGCGGGGGAGGGGACGAGCUGGCCGCGCUGCGCCGCGCGCGCGCAGACCUCGAGCGCCGCGCGCGCGACCAGGAGGAGGAGCUCGACGACCUCGCCGGACAGAUACAGGUGCUCAUUACAGCUCAUCACAAGGAGGAGCGGCUGAGCGCGGCGAGCCGCGAGCUGGAGGAGCGCGGCGGGGGAGGGGACGAGCUGGCCGCGCUGCGCCGCGCGCGCGCAGACCUCGAGCGCCGCGCGCGCGACCAGGAGGAGGAGCUCGACGACCUCGCCGGACAGAUACAGGUGCUCAUUACAGCUCAUCACAAGGAGGAGCGGCUGAGCGCGGCGAGCCGCGAGCUGGAGGAGCGCGGCGGGGGAGGGGACGAGCUGGCCGCGCUGCGCCGCGCGCGCGCAGACCUCGAGCGCCGCGCGCGCGACCAGGAGGAGGAGCUCGACGACCUCGCCGGACAGAUACAGGUGCUCAUUACAGCUCAUCACAAGGAGGAGCGGCUGAGCGCGGCGAGCCGCGAGCUGGAGGAGCGCGGCGGGGGAGGGGACGAGCUGGCCGCGCUGCGCCGCGCGCGCGCAGACCUCGAGCGCCGCGCGCGCGACCAGGAGGAGGAGCUCGACGACCUCGCCGGACAGAUACAGGUGCUCAUUACAGCUCAUCACAAGGAGGAGCGGCUGAGCGCGGCGAGCCGCGAGCUGGAGGAGCGCGGCGGGGGAGGGGACGAGCUGGCCGCGCUGCGCCGCGCGCGCGCAGACCUCGAGCGCCGCGCGCGCGACCAGGAGGAGGAGCUCGACGACCUCGCCGGACAGAUACAGGUGCUCAUUACAGCUCAUCACAAGGAGGAGCGGCUGAGCGCGGCGAGCCGCGAGCUGGAGGAGCGCGGCGGGGGAGGGGACGAGCUGGCCGCGCUGCGCCGCGCGCGCGCAGACCUCGAGCGCCGCGCGCGCGACCAGGAGGAGGAGCUCGACGACCUCGCCGGACAGAUACAGGUGCUCAUUACAGCUCAUCACAAGGAGGAGCGGCUGAGCGCGGCGAGCCGCGAGCUGGAGGAGCGCGGCGGGGGAGGGGACGAGCUGGCCGCGCUGCGCCGCGCGCGCGCAGACCUCGAGCGCCGCGCGCGCGACCAGGAGGAGGAGCUCGACGACCUCGCCGGACAGAUACAGGUGCUCAUUACAGCUCAUCACAAGGAGGAGCGGCUGAGCGCGGCGAGCCGCGAGCUGGAGGAGCGCGGCGGGGGAGGGGACGAGCUGGCCGCGCUGCGCCGCGCGCGCGCAGACCUCGAGCGCCGCGCGCGCGACCAGGAGGAGGAGCUCGACGACCUCGCCGGACAGAUACAGGUGCUCAUUACAGCUCAUCACAAGGAGGAGCGGCUGAGCGCGGCGAGCCGCGAGCUGGAGGAGCGCGGCGGGGGAGGGGACGAGCUGGCCGCGCUGCGCCGCGCGCGCGCAGACCUCGAGCGCCGCGCGCGCGACCAGGAGGAGGAGCUCGACGACCUCGCCGGACAGAUACAGGUGCUCAUUACAGCUCAUCACAAGGAGGAGCGGCUGAGCGCGGCGAGCCGCGAGCUGGAGGAGCGCGGCGGGGGAGGGGACGAGCUGGCCGCGCUGCGCCGCGCGCGCGCAGACCUCGAGCGCCGCGCGCGCGACCAGGAGGAGGAGCUCGACGACCUCGCCGGACAGAUACAGGUGCUCAUUACAGCUCAUCACAAGGAGGAGCGGCUGAGCGCGGCGAGCCGCGAGCUGGAGGAGCGCGGCGGGGGAGGGGACGAGCUGGCCGCGCUGCGCCGCGCGCGCGCAGACCUCGAGCGCCGCGCGCGCGACCAGGAGGAGGAGCUCGACGACCUCGCCGGACAGAUACAGGUGCUCAUUACAGCUCAUCACAAGGAGGAGCGGCUGAGCGCGGCGAGCCGCGAGCUGGAGGAGCGCGGCGGGGGAGGGGACGAGCUGGCCGCGCUGCGCCGCGCGCGCGCAGACCUCGAGCGCCGCGCGCGCGACCAGGAGGAGGAGCUCGACGACCUCGCCGGACAGAUACAGCUUUUGGAGAGCUCGAAGCUGAGAUUAGAGAUGCUCCUAGAACAACAACGAAAAGAAGCAAGGCUAGAAGCAGCCGCGCGAGACGACGAAAUGGAAGAAACGAGGGCAAACGCCGCCAAGAAACUCAAAAUGCUGGAAAGUCAGUUGGAGAGUGAACACGCAGAGAGGAGUCUACUUUUGCGAGAAAGACACGAACUGGAGAGGAGGUUAGCCGCGCUAGAGGAGACUGCGCGUGCAGAGAAUCAGGAACAGGCGCAACUCGUUCAGCGGCUCAAGAGGGACCUGAAGAGGUAUCGAGCUUUACUCAGAGAUGCUCAGACAAUGCUAGAGCAGAAAGAGAAGGAGGGUGGUGCCAAAGCACAGAUCAGACAGUUAAAAAAUCAGGUGGAGGACCUGGAGCUGGCGGUGCGCGCGGCCAGCAAGGCGCGCGCGGCGGCCGAGGCGGAGGCGGCGGAGGCGGGCGCGGCGCUGGAGGAGGCGGCGCGCGCGCGGGCCGACGCGCACGAGCGCGCGCUGGCCGCCGCGCGCGACGCCGCCGCCGCGCGCGCCGCGCUCGACGACGCGGAGGAGGAGGCCGCCGAGCUGCUGAAGAAGUACCGCAGCUGCAGCAGCGCGCUGCUGGCGGCGCAGGCGGAGGCGCGCGAGGCGGCGGCGCGCGGCGACGCGGCGGCCGAGGACGCGCGCCAGGCCAAGGAGCGCCUCGCCGAGCUGGCGCAGCGCCUCGCGCACGCCGAGGCCGGCCACUCGCACUCGCACGGCGAGGCCGAGCGCCGCCUCGAGCUGCGCAACAAGGAACUGGAGUCGUGCGUGGAGCUGGAGGCGACGGCGCGCGGGCGGCUGGAGGGCCAGUUGGCGCGGCUGCGUGACGCGCACGACGCGCUGGCGGCCGAGCUGACGGCCGCCCGCGCGCGUGACGCCACCCACGCGGACGAGCUGCGCAAGCUGCAGCGAGCCAUCAGAGACCUAAAAGAAGAGAACGCGUCACUUACGGCGAAGCUGGGCGAGGUUUCAAGGGCGCGUGCGGCAGCCGAGGCGGCGGCGGUGGCGGCGGCGGGCGAGGCGGCGGCCGCGCGGGACGAGGCGCGCCUCGCCGCGCGCCGCGUGCACGCGCUGCAGGAGGCAAUCGCCGGCGACCUCUCCAGCAACAACGAGCGCGACUCCGACAGCGACAACGACAGCUACAGUUCUGACGAGUCAAUAGGCACAUUCCUGGCCAAUCACAAGCUCAGUCCAUCUGUACCAUCAAGAAAUAGUAUGCAGCUUGAUUCGCAAAAAUCGCAAACCUCCGAAGGCCGGCAGAGCCGAAGCAGUGUGGGAUCGAACUCGAAGCCCCCGAGCCCCAGCAAGGAGUCGUUCGCAUAA